CCGAAAACUACAGUAUUAGACGGCACGACACCAGAGAUCUUUUUCACGAUUCGUCUACGUCUAAUUACAUGGGUCAAGAUCAUGAACAUUUUCCUAGUCAACAUUCGAGUACAAAAAUGACCUACAAUUUGGAUCCUGCGACAAGCGGUGACUCCACGACCACCACAAGCACCACGGCUGCGUCAGGGUCGUCGUCUACGAUGAGCACCAGCUACCAGUACAGUGGAAGUGGUUCAUCUUACCAAGUCUGCGCCACCGCUGUCCACAUGGACAUCGAGGGCGAGGACGGUGGGCGUCUUUACGGUGCCAGCCGUACUGACAAAAUCACCUCCCAUGACCCAUUUCCGGACCACCUUCACUACACGUACGAGUUGGGCGCGUGUCACACGAGCCUGCAAAAAGAAGACACGACCCGCCCGUCGGUGCACAUUCAGCUCAUAGAAAACGAGUUCAGCACAAAGACGAGGACGAAGCGACAGGGCUAUGGUGCCGACGUUGAUGCAGGUACUUUGGUACUACGUUCCAAGACGCCGGUGUGGAUCGCAAUUUUACCAAUUGAGGAUUUGCUAGUUGAAGAUGGUUUCACGAGCCAGCAAACAAAGGGUCGCCGCACUGCAGACAAUUUAGACCACGAGGGAGAACCAGUGCUGCGGCCCGGUAAAAAUAUGCAGCACUCCUGUAAUGCCUCGCACUCGUCUUCACACACUAGCUCUUCUACAACGACAGCGACCGCGACCAGCUUCGGAACAGAGAGCGCGAGAGGUUCCUCGGCGCCAAUCACACCCGAACUAGAAUCGUCGGCGGAUGGCCCCCCACCCGGCUGCACGACUAGAAAACUGUCGCACAGGGUCGUGUCUGUAGGUACACCGUCGAAGCAGUGCCCCCCGUUGAUACACGAGCAAACGGAUCAUCAGCUGUCAUCGCAGGAAGUGGAUCUGAACAGCGACAUCCUCGGCACGAAACGCCGCGUGGACUACAUCAUCGGACACACCAGUUCGGUGUUCGGUUCUCAGAAAACCGGGUUUUCACUGCCGGCCGACGCGGGCGUGGGCUUCGACCUGGACCUCACCUAUCUGCGCGACGAAAUCAUGCCGGACUGCGUCUUCGAAACCCUGAGCAGCAGCUUCGACCACACAAAAACGGUUUCCUUCCUGCAAGCUUGCGCGAAGCGGCUCGCGGAAGCGAAUCUGGAAAAACAAAAAGACAACUCGAAUUCCUUAUCUGUAUCGAAGAUGUCGUGUCUGAAACAACCGCAACUACAGAUCAAGUACGAGAACAUUGAGGUCGUUGACCAGGCCCGCGUGCCGCUGCUGAAGUGCAACGAGGUGCGCAAGUGUGCGCGCACGCAGCGACAAACCACCGUGUCGGUGGACAUCACGCUGAACAACGUGUGCGGCGUGCAGAACAGCUUGCUGCUUGCCCAGUACGCGACCAGCCCGUUGUGUCUCGGGCUGGUCCGCCGGGUGAAGGCCUGGGCGAAGCGCAACAGCUUAGUGUUGAACUGCGAAAACGGGCUGCUGUCCAGCUACGCCUACACGCUCAUUGUCAUCAGCUACUUGCAGCUCCGCGGUCUGGUGCCGAACGUGCAACGGGAACACGCCCUGACGUGCGCGCGGAUCGGCGAAAAAUGGGCCUGGCGCGAGUUAAGCAUGGCGGACAAGCACUACUGCAAAGCGGUGCAGUUCUUGAAUCGAGUCUAUGUCGCCUACGGCGACAAGCGAUCCAUGUGUUCAACGGAUCAUGAAGAUCUCGUCCUGCCGAAUAAAGCGGGCCAUUCUGCACGAAAUCUCCAGUCGAAUUCUUCGCCAGAGUUGAGGACCUCCAGUGACAACGUCCUCGGCGCUGCAGACGGCCGCAUGUCUUUCUCCACGUCACUGCCUGCGCCGCAUAAUGGGAGUGCAGCGUCAGUUGGAUCCUCGUUAAGCCUGUUGCACGCACAGGACAGUUUGCAGAUCGAAGUUGACGCUGACGCUCUGGAGAUGAACAGCAGCGAGGCAACCUCGUUGUACGACCGCAUGGGUACAGCUAGUUCUAGUUCUUCUUCGACGUCGUGCACGACCUCGGCGGCCAGGAACAAAUUGACGUCGAGCACAGCCACUGCGAAAACGAACGCGGUCGGUGGUCACACGCAGACAAGUCUGGCCUGCUCCGACGAAGUUGAUCUGCCGCUCGACCCGGACGAGGUUUUCUCGAGCCGGGAGCUGUUGGACGCAUCUUUGCUAGAGCUGGAGUACAACUUUUUCGCGUUCUGGAACUGCCGCUGCCAGGAGUCCACGCAAACAUCUGUGCAGCACUUUUCCGUGCACCAGGGCGGGCUGUCCAUAUCCAAUGCAAAUAUGUCUGGGUCUGGAAGGGUGGAACUUGUAAUGCUGUCUACGGAUUCUAAAAGUAUCUGUGUUGCAUGAGCAGCAAGAGGAGUCCAGUUCUUGGCACGCGGAGAGGGCAUUUCUCAUGCGUGAUAAGCAUCAAGAAGCCCUCAAAGACUCUGUGAUGCUAGGACCUGCAUCACAGACCUCACGGGUCAUGCAAAAUGUGCAUGACAAACUCGGACUCUUCCAGACCCAGACAUUUUUGCAUUUGAUAGUCCACCAUCGGAGGCGAUUCCCACCACUCCUGCGCCGUCGAGGACUAUCAAAUGUAAAAAUGUCUGGGUCUGGAAGAAUGCAACUUGUGAUGCUGCAUUUGGAUUCCAGAAGAAUCUGUAUUGCAUGAGUACCAAAAGGAAUUUAAUUUUUGCUACAUGGAGAGGGCAUUUGUCAUGCGGGAUAGGCAUCAAGAAGCUCUCAAAAAAUCUGCGAUGCUAGGGCAUGCAUCACAGACAUCAGGGCUCAUGCAAACCGUGCAUGACAAGUGUCAGAAUCUUCCACCCCCAGACACUUUUGCAAUUGAUAAGGACCCAUAUGUGUUGAUUCCCGUGCGGCCCGGAGACACGACAAAGUGCAGGCCGAAGUUGUUGCGGUGCCGCAACGACACCGCGUUGCAGACCUUGCACGCCGCCAUCCGCAAGCGACACAAGAUUCUGACCGCGAGGCGUACGAAGGCGCUCACAUCCGCAAUUCUUGCGGGGCUGGUUGUGGGAAAGGACAGACGAGACGCCGGGGUGGAAAAAGAGAAUCCUGUCGGCGACCUCCACAGGGUUUCCCGCCUGUCAACGUCUUCGGACCGCAAGGUACUUCCAGAGCCAACAUCUUCUUCAGGAACUACUGCUACAAUGGAAGAGGAUUUAUCAAAGCAAAAACUCGUCGCACAGGGUAGGGAUACUCACGCUGCGCACCAGACGUCUGGUCUGUCUGAUGAAAUACCGGAUGACCUCUGCUUCGGGCUUGGACUCGCAGCAAGGAAGGACGAGCCGAAACGCAUUCUCUGUUAUAAAGCCCUCUGUAAAGGUUUGAACCAAGCCGGUAAGCAUGCCGGUUGCGACCGGCGAGCAGCUUUAGCGCAGUUGCGAAGGAUAUUGAGAGGAAAAAUCCCCCCUCCCCAUAUUGAAAAGGUAUAUAUUCAAAAACUUGCGUUGCGUCUUGCAAGAAGACAAGGGCAGAAGCUUCCGCCCCAUUAUGGAAGCGGUUUUUCAUGCUGUUGGGCCUAAAGGGGGGUCGUUUGCCAUGCUGGCCUACUAGAGACCCAUACGCCCCUGCCUAGCCUGGGGAUCUGGCCGCAGUGCCUCUCUGCAAUACAAAGCUGAUUUGUGGCCACAAAUCAGCAUCACAAAUUUCCGUUUUGAUAUGGGGAGGGGGGAUUUUUCAUUUUGAUAACGGAUUCCAGCGGACAACGAGGGAAGAGCACGGGCACUGCUGCGAAAGGAAUUCCUUACGAAGGCAUUGGUUCAGGCCGAGGACUUCGGCUCCGCCCGCUUCGUGACGAACGAAGUACUGCAUGCAGAACAAAGAGAGAAAAAUGCAACAAGUGUCGAUGGUAGAAAAAGCACCGCGGCUACUUUGGGGAACGAGAAAAACCGGAACAAAAAAGCACAGGAAGAAAAGGCUUCAGGGUCAAGAUCACGACCUGUGGUUGUCGAACAAUCUCUGCUGGACCUGCUGUUGGAAAGGGAGUGGUUUCUGGUGGCGCAUGACCUGCUCGAAUUCGCGCGCAAUGCGGAAAUCGAAACUACAAAAAAUCUACCUCACACGGACAAGGAGAAACUACUCAAAGCACCAUUUCUGCCGUACUGGUUUCACGAUCCGCUGGGGUUCUGCGACGGCACCAUUCCCGGCGCCGAGAUGCGGCUCAAGGAUGAGAGAAAAUCUACAAAGGCCGUGAAUGAUUUUGAGGAAACGAGGCAGCGCUAUGCGGAGCGGAGUAUUCUGUUUCAAUUUCUGGACGUGGUACACCGGGCCUGGACGGCACGCGACCAGGCGCAAGAGAGGGCGGAAAUUUUGGCGCGGGGGAAAAAAGUUGUGGUGCUUUUGUGCAAAUUGCUUCCGGGUUUGGCAAGCGACAAACCACAAAAGCAAACCACCAACAUGAAACCACGAUUUUUCUUGAAAUCCCUCGGCGUCGCGACAACUGCGAAACCGGACGAUCAAAUCUGGGCCGAGAUUCUUGACACACUCAAGGUCGCUGAGAGGUCGGUGGAAUGAAUCGACAAGAAAUUGAAUAAGUACUCUAUACCCAUGGUAUGUCAGGACGAAUUUUUCUGGUAUGAUUUCAUGGAUCAAAACACAAGAACAAGAAGAGGAAGAUGAAAGAAAACGAAACAAUUGUUUGGAUGAUAUCAACAGAGAGAUAUAACACACAUCUGGAAAUUGGAACAACAAAUUAUAUGGAAUGUUGAGCGUAGGAAUAUGAAACAAGAGAAUGUGACGGACCAAUUCGGACCUUGAACCUUUGACAACAUGCCCAGG